GUGGGUUCCAAGGCUGGUCGCAAAAAUAAGGCGUUUUCUUUGUCGCACGGGUGGCGUGGGCUCCUGUAAGCCGGUAGUUGAGGUGCUGAGGGAAGCUGUAGUGGGGGAUUGUUCCUGCAUUCGCUUCGUAAACUUCGGGAAGCAGGAGUGGCAAGUGAAUGGGGAAGUUAGCAGGAUGGGAAUGUUGGAAGAACACGUGGCUGGAAGAUGUAUUGAAAGUUUUUUUAUCUAUAAAGUCAAAAUUGGCUGCUAAGGAUGGCAGACCCAGAUGUCCUCACUGAGGUUCCAGCGGCAUUGAAGAGGUUAGCCAAGUAUGUGAUCCGGGGUUUUUAUGGCAUUGAGCACGUGUUGGCCUUGGACAUCUUGAUUCGGAACUCCUGUGUGAAAGAGGAGGAUAUGUUGGAGCUACUCAAGUUUGAUCGGAAGCAACUUCGAUCAGUUUUGAAUAAUUUAAAAGGAGACAAAUUCAUUAAAUGCAGGAUGAGAGUAGAGACUGCUGCAGAUGGGAAAACCACUCGCCAUAACUAUUACUUUAUCAAUUAUCGUACUCUUGUUAAUGUGGUAAAAUAUAAACUAGACCACAUGAGAAGGAGGAUUGAGACGGAUGAGAGAGAUUCCACCAACCGGGCUUCCUUCAAAUGUCCUGUCUGUUGUAGUACUUUCACAGACCUAGAAGCUAAUCAGCUCUUUGAUCCCAUGACAGGAACUUUCCGCUGUACAUUUUGCCAUACAGAGGUAGAAGAGGAUGAAUCAGCAAUGCCCAAAAAAGAUGCGCGCACACUUUUGGCAAGGUUUAACGAGCAAAUUGAGCCCAUUUAUGCAUUGCUUCGGGAGACAGAGGAUGUGAACUUGGCCUAUGAAAUACUUGAGCCAGAACCUACAGAAAUCUCAGCCCUGAAACAGAGCAAGGACCGAGCAGCCGCUACUACUGGAGCUACUGGCCAAGCAGGAGGUCACCAUCGGGAAGCAUGGGCCACCAGAGGGCCCUCCUAUGAGGACUUAUACACACAGAAUGUUGUCAUUAACAUGGAUGACCAGGAAGAUGUUCACCGUGCCUCUUUGGCAGAGGGGAAAUCUGCCAAGGAGAGACCCAUUUGGCUGAGGGAGAGCACUGUCCAAGGGGCAUAUAGUUCUGAAGAGAUGAAAGAAGGUGGCAUAGAUAUGGAUGCAUUUCAGGAGCAUGAGGAAGGCCACACAGGGCCUGACGAUAAUGAGGAGGUCAUGCGAGCACUCCUCAUUCAUGAGAAGAAGACCCCCUCUGCUGCGGCUGGCUCUGUAGGGGCAGCUGCUCCUGUGACUGCCACGAAUCCCAGUGACUCGGAAAGUGAGACCAGUGAGUCAGACGAGGAGUCUCCACCCCGGCCAGCAGCUGCUGUGGCCGUGCAUCCUCGGGAAGAGGAUGAGGAAGAUGACGAUGAGUUUGAGGAGGUGGCAGAUGACCCCACUGUCAUGGUGGCGGGCCGCCCAUUCACCUACAGUGAGGUGAGCCAGCGGCCAGAGCUGGUGGCCCAGAUGACACCAGAAGAGAAGGAAGCGUACAUAGCAAUGGGACAACGCAUGUUUGAGGACCUCUUUGAAUGAGCUUUCUCUGCCUGUUCCUCCUUUCUGUCAUGCUCAUUUCAAAAAGAAAUUCCCUACCUUUGAAGAAAUCUGUUUAAGUGACUUUCAUGCCCUCUUGAUAGAAAGCACCUGUUAAUCUUUUGCAAAGAAUAAUGGGAGAGAAAGUUUGAUUUUAAUGCCAGAACUUCCCAGAAAGGUAGGUUGGCUGUAGGCAUUCCCUUCUCUGUUAUUACUACAGUAUUAAUGUUACUGUAUUUCUUUAUCUGAUUUUUUCUUUUGUUUUUAAGAUGCCCUUUUCUCCCUUCUGAGAUAAAUAAGGGAAGUAAAUUAUUUUUGCAUACCUAUACACACCUACUACGAUUUGUAGCAAUUUUUAUUUUUACCAAGCAUUCAAACAGUUCCUUAUAUUGUCUGCAAUCAAAGCAGCUUGCUGAUAGGCAAGUCAGUGGUUAGGGGAAAAGAAUCCUAAAACUCCAUGUUUCCCCUGAUUAAGAUUGGGGUCAACAUGUAAGAGGAGGUGAGAACAUGUGCAGAAGAGCAGCAGAUGUGCCUGAACCUUGUGAUUAGUGUGGAAACCAAAUUUGUGUCUGCAGAAUUGACCAGACUGGUAGAUUUCUAUGGUUUUGCUUAAUGCUUUUUUGGUUUGGAUUUUGGAUGAUACAAAGCAAAGUAUGCCUACUAUACCUUUAUAAAAAAUUAAAAGAAAAAAAUAGUCAAAUGACAAAGAAUCCAUGUAAAGGGUUGGAAAGAGUGCCUUAGAACUGCCAAUGUCUGUUGUGAUUUGGAAGUCCUUGAGGUAAACCCGAGACUGCCCCACCCCCACUAUAGACUUCUUGUCAGUGCUAUAAAUUAAGGAGGCCAUCCCAGCAGAAGUCAGCACAGACUAAUUGAUUACCUUCCUCUUUCUCUUUCAACAUCUUUUGAAAGCCCUUUUUUGGGUCUCUCUCUUGAUCCCUGUCAGACAUGGUAGUUUAGAGUGCAUCCUGUAUAUUGUGAAGCAUUGUAACCUCAAGGAACAUAGUUUGUUUGGGUUCUGAUAUGUAGUGUGAUUUUUAUGAAUGCAGAACUUUAAAAAUAAAGGACAAUUGUAUUUCUUA